AUGGGCCACUCUGCAUCUGGUAGCUCCAAGCUUUCCCCCUUUCACAUCUCUCUCAUCCAAGCUCUGGUAGAGAAUGAGCUGGAUAUGAAACAUCGGAGGUGGGGUGACCUGACUGAUGAUCACCAUCAAUUUCCCCACGACAAUUUGGUCCCGUCUAGCCACAGUGGUUCGCAGUCACGAUUAUUUCUCUUGCCCGAUGCCUCAUACGACGUGGUCAAUGGCAAAGUGCUGCCACGCCGCCAAACACUCCCCGAUAUCGGAAAUAUCAUCGAUGCCCCCAGACUACCACCAUCAACUACAGCAACAUUCACGGUCACAACUUCUCCAACGCCGAUAAAGGAAGAGUUCUCCUCUAGUAUCACAACACCAAGCCGUUUCUUGCACCUGGAUGGAUCAUCUCGCUCUAGCAGUAUCGGCCUUGUUAGUUAUGACAAUGAGCCUGGUGAACUAUCGUCAGGGAGGGCAACAAAGAGAGCACGGUUGACUCCGGGGACGGAUGACGAGCUAUUACUGCCAUCAUCGCCGCGGAAGACCCUUGGCGGAACUAAACGACUCCCACAAUUCACUGAAGACCGCGCGGAAACAUCGAGCGAAGCUUCAACUCAUGGAUUAGAAGACUUGCUCAGCGUCGAACCUGCACCAAUUGGCGCCAUACGCAGUGGACUAUCAAUGAACCGGGAUGGAGCGAAGACCAUGAUUCAGCAGAUGGGUGCCCAGCCCGGAAGGCAAACCAAAAUUGAAGAGAUACUCGGUCGUCCAUAUGUUCGAGCACGAAGAACCCCUGCAGCGGAGUAUUUGGAGAGGUUGGAGGAUUGGUUCGGACCGGGAGAUCCCUUGCGCGGAGAAGAAGAGCCCGACGACAAGCCAGACGAGCCAGACAAGGAGCGUGAAAUGAAUGACCGUGCUCAACAAUGGAUAUCUCAAAUUCAGAUGGUGGCAAAAGGGAAAAAGACGCUUACGCGCGAGGACAUGAGAAUUCUCUCCGAAUCGUUGCAUGAAAUCGCCUAUAUGUCCUCAACUACUGCAGAGACGAUCAAGAAUCACCUUCCAAAACUACUUCACAGCCUGGAGCACUUGGCCCUGGUUGAUAUACCUCCUGAUCAGGAUGAGUUCAAGGUCAUUAUUUGGGCCCGGAACCUGGUCAAAAAUUGGCCGCGAUAG